CAAACAUACACGACUUAUCAUACAUUUCUUGUUUCCCCUUCAAAAUUGGGAUUACUUUAUUUGACUACUUUAGGUUUUCAUUCCUAUGUUCAGUUUUAUUUGAUUCCACAUGACAUGCGGUUUCUACAUCCUUUCCAAAAUUAGAAGGCACUAGAUUUAGAUUCUAUAUUCUCUAUAAUUUUUCUGCGAAUUUGUCAUUGUGAUAUCGUUCUGUAUUUAGAGUUUCGAUUUCAAUCGUUUUAUUGUUCGAACCAACGUUGAACAGUGCAGUGAGAUGGCGAAUUUCAAGGUUUUCGUUGGGUAUGAUCCACGCGAAGACAUUGCUUACGAGGUUUGUCGCCACUCAAUCUUGAAAAAAGCUUCCAUUCCAGUUGAAAUCACACCGAUCAAGCAAUCAGAAUUGAGAAAAAAUGGCUUGUAUUGGCGCGAAAAGGACCAGUACGAGAGCACGGAAUUCUCGUUUUCGAGGUUCUUGACUCCAAAAUUGGCCAACUACGAAGGCUGGGCAAUGUUUGUGGACUGUGAUUUCCUCUACCUUGCAGAUAUCAAAGAGCUGAGAGAUUUGAUCGAUGACAAGUAUGCUGUGAUGUGUGUCCAACAUGAAUAUGUGCCAAAGGAGGCAACGAAAAUGGAUGGGGCAGUGCAAACAGUGUACCCCAGAAAGAAUUGGUCUUCGAUGGUGUUAUACAACUGUGGGCAUCCCAAGAACAGUGUUCUGACUCCUGAAGCUGUGAACACAGAAACUGGAGCUUUUCUUCACAGGUUUCAGUGGCUGCAAGACGAUGAAAUUGGGUCGAUUCCUUUUGUUUGGAACUUCCUUGAGGGGCAUAACAAGGUUGUCGAGGAUGACCCCAGUACUUUUCCUAAGGCUAUUCAUUAUACUCGUGGAGGACCAUGGUUUGAAGCUUGGAAGAAUUGUGCUUUCGCUGACCUCUGGCUGAAAGCAAGGGAUGAGUACCAGAACGAGGCCAAAAAAGCUAUUACAAAUUAAAUUAUCUGAUUUAUGUGAUGACAUUCAAUACAUUUGCAGAGACUGCUAUAUUUAAUGUCAAGGAUAUUCUUCUUCGAUGUGUUGUAGUCAAAGGUCACUCUUCAUUUCAAAUUGCAUGGUGAAGUUCCUUGAACGAUGAAAGUUAUCAGUAGUGGAGAACAGCCAUUGGUGCUGUUGUAUAUAAUUAGUAUUUUUGUUUGUAUUAUAUAUUUAUCAAUGGUUCUAACAUACAGUUAGACUGAUCAAUUGUAAACUUUUGUUUAUUUAG